AAACGUGCUUCUCGUGUGCUGGAUAUGCACCUCACACAAGCCCAUUUGUGAGCUAUCUUGUGAUCUGAUUAAGAAAAUAAUGAUAUUUGGAUUACUCAGGACGAUAUAUCUUGCAAAAUCAUAAUAGAGACCAACGACAGGUGCGUGCUAGCAGGUGUUUUCUAAGAGGUGCGAGCAAAGCCCUGACUUGUUCAAAGUAUGAUGAAAAUAAUUAUUUACAGCCCGUCUGUGAUACAUUUAUGCAGCUACAGAAGUGAAAAACCACAAUGGUAUUAGAAAAAUGUAUGCGAAAAAUUGGACUGGGCAGAAUCAUUGUUUUAUUGGCAGUGGCAAUAAUUUUUCUUCAAAUUGCACAUUUUUAUUCCUUGACUUACUUGAAUUCAAGAGAACCAGAGUUGGCAGGAAAACGACAGCAUCAAAAGAUAACAACAAAGUUAUCUCCUAAUCCGAGAAACAUUAUACAGCGGCUGCAAAAUUCCCAUCUUAUGGACAGUAGUGGAUCUUACUACCUUAUAAGGAAUUUACUUUUACCCGAAAGUGAACAUACAAGAUCAGAUCACACAAAUGACCACAAUGAUGUCACCCUGGUCACUCAAUGCUCAGCUAAUCAUCUUGAUGACCUUGUUGAAUUGACUGAACGUUGGGAUGCAGCAGUGUCCAUCUCCGUUUUUACAUACGACAGUGAUUUUCCAUUUGCUAUUAAAGCAAUUCUUUAUUUUCAUAAGUGUUUUAACAAAAUUAGGAAAAAUGUUUUCUUAAAUAUAAUUUAUCCCAUUGAUAGACCGCCACUGAGAUCCGACAUUGAACAGAUUCCUCAUGAAGAAACAAACUGUGAUAUGCCAUUUAAAGACUUAAAGACUACAAACAAUAAGAAUUAUGCAGUGUCUGGAAUUGAAUAUCCUCACAAUAUAUUGAGGAAUUUUGCCUUAAAAGGUGCAAACACACCUUAUGUGUUUGUUGUUGAUAUUGAUAUGAUUCCAUCUAGUAAUUUAUUACAGAAGUUCAGAACUUUUUUAAAAAGAUAUAAGUCAUCAGAUGAACAGAGUCCAAAACAGGAUAAAGUUGCUUUUGUUGUGCCAAGUUUUGAAGCCAAAGAAUCUAUAAAAAUUCCAGAGACCAAAGAAAUGUUACUGACUCAGAUGAAAUCAAACAAUGUCCGCCCUUUCUAUGUGGAAGCCUGUCAGCGUUGCCAGAAGCAGACUCGUUAUAAUGAGUGGAAGAAGUUGGUGGAUGUUAAUUUCCUGGAUGUAGGUUACAGUGUAGACUGGAAGGAUCCCUGGGAACCAUUCUUUAUCACAGAUAGAAAUUUACCUUUAUAUGAUGAGAGGUUUAAACAGUAUGGAUUCAACAGAAUAAGUCAGGUUUGUGAAAUGCACAUAGCUGGAUACAGGUUUGAUGUUUUGAAUAGUGCAUUCCUAGUUCACAAAGGAUUUAAAUUUGCUGGACAAUUUCACAAAGGAAAAGAAGAGGAACUUGAAAAAAACAGAAUAUUGUUUAGAAAUUUCAAGGAAGAGUUAAAAUCUAAGUAUCCGGAAUCUACUCGGCGAUGCUAUUGAUUUUUUCCAAGCAUUAUUUUUGCUAAAAAUUCUUAUCUUGUGAUCAGGAAAAUGAUACUGACCUGUUUUUAUUUUAUGUAAAAAGACACAGACAAUUCAUAAAUAUGCUCUACUGAGACUGUGCUGGCAUUUAAUUUAUAUAUGCUAUCCUCCCAAAUUAUCAGAACAUAAUUCUUGAGUUAUAAUACUGAAACAUGAAUUAUGAAAUAAAUUCAUCAACAAGUUUUUAUAGAGGGGAAAAUCUGCUUCCAGUUAAGUCCUGCUCCAGUCACAAGCCUGUAGGGCUGUGUCCCUCUACCCUGUCAUCACCACCAAUCUGAGUGUACCACCACCUGGUCACCACCAGUCUGAGUGUACCACUACCCUGUCAUCACCAGUCUGAGUGUACAACUACCCAGUCACCACCAGUCUGAGUGUACCACUACCCAGUCACCACCAGCCUGAGUGUACCACUACCCUGUCACCACCAGUCUGAGUGUACCACUACCCAGUCACCACCAGUCGGAGUGUACCACUACCCAGUCACCACCAGUCUGAGUGUACCACUACCCUGUCACCACCAGUCAGAGUGUACCUCUACCCUGUCACCAUCAGUCUGAGUGUACCACUACCCUGUCACCAUCAGUCUGAGUGUACCACUACCCAGUCACCACCAGUCUGGGUGUACCACUAUCCUGUAACCACCAGUCUGAGUGUACCACCACCUGGUCACCACCAGUCUGGGUGUACCACUAUCCUGUCACCACCAGUCUGAGUGUACCACCACCUGGUCACCACCAGUCUGAGUGUACCACUACCCAGUCACCACCAGUCUGAGUGUACCACUACCCAGUCACCACCAGUCUGAGUGUACCACUACCCUGUCACCACCAGUCUGAGUGUACCACUACCCAGUCACCACCAGUCUGAGUGUACCACUACCCAGUCACCACCAGUCUGAGUGUACCACUAUCCUGUCACCACCAGUCUGAGUGUACCACCACCUGGUCACCACCAGUCUGGGUGUACCAUUAUCCUGUCACCACCAGUCUGAGUGUACCACUACCCUGUCACAACUAGUCUGAGUGUACCACCACCUGGUCACCACCAGUCUGAGUGUACCACUACCCAGUCACCACCAUUCUGAGUGUACCACUACCCUGUCACCACCAGUCUGAGUGUACGACUAGCCAGUCACCACCAGUCUGGGUGUACCACUACCCUGUCACCACCAGUCUGAGUGUACGACUACCCAGUCACAACCAGUCUGAGUGUACCACUACCCUGUCACCACCAGUCUGAGUGUACCACUACCCUGUCACCACCAGUCUGAGUGUACCACUACCCUGUCACCACCAGUCUGAGUGUACCACUACCCAGUCACCACCAGUCUGAGUGUACCACUAUCCUGUCACCACCAGUCUGAGAGUACCACUACCCUGUCACCACCAGUCUGAGUGUACCUCUACCCAGUCACCACCAGUCUGAGUGUACCACUACCCUGUCACCACCAGUCUGAGUGUACCACUACCCUGUCACCACCUGUCUGAGUGUACCACUACCCUGUCACCACCAGUCUGUGUGUACCACUACCAUGUCACCACCAGUCUGAGUACCACUACCCUGUCACCACCAUUCUGAGUGUACCACUUCCCUGUCACCACCAGUCUACUCAUACCAAUAACUGGUGGAGACUGUUAAUCACAGACACACAAUUAGCUACCCAUUGUAAUACCCAGUAAACGUAAUACGUACAUUGAAGCCUUUAAUUCUUUAUGUUCAAUUUGCCUUAGAAUGUUGUAUAUAUUUGUAUGUGUAUAUGUAUGAUGUGCAACUCUAUCAGUAUUUAUGCAUGAAGAAUUUAUCAUGAUAUUUGUAUAUUUUUGGAAAUAAAAUUUAAUUCAGUA